UGCAGGGACGAUCUAAUGACACGAGUCACAUCUGACCUGUGGGAUGGACACAUAAAAAAACCCCACCAGCUUUGAUUUCAGUCUCUCGGCUUUGUCAGCACAGAUUUAGCAGAAUGGAGUUUGGUUGUGAGGUGGACUUGGAGGAGCUGUGCCCAGUUUGCGGAGACAAAGUAUCUGGGUACCACUACGGACUGCUCACCUGUGAAAGCUGCAAGGGAUUUUUUAAAAGAACUGUCCAGAACAACAAGAUCUACGCCUGCGUGGACAAGCAGCAGUGCAGGAUCGAUAAAGCUCAGAGAAAGCGCUGUCCAUUCUGCAGAUUUCAGAAGUGCCUCCAUGUUGGGAUGCGCAUUGAAGCUGUUCGUGCAGAUCGAAUGAGAGGCGGUAGAAACAAAUUUGGCCCCACGUACAAGCGUGACCGGGCCCUCAAGCAGCAGCAAAGAGAGGCUUACAUACGAGCUCACAGAUUCAGAACCGAGAGCGGCACUCCUGUGGCCUCAUGGAUCCAAAAUGGAGAUUUUACCUUUACAGAGAGCCUAAACACAGUUACCAUCCAAAAGUUAUCAACGCCCUCGCUUCAGUCCUUCGGCCCCACUGGUGCCAUCCAGAACUUAUGCAGUUCUGCUUCCAGCUGGACCAUCAAGUCCAUGUACAGCAACACAUAUGCAGGUUCAGCAGUUGUUGAUGCAGUGACCCUAAUGGAGCCCUGUGACCCGUGCUCCAAACUCAGAUUUACACAGGAUCCUAGAAUGCCUCCACUGGUGAUGGAGUUUCUGCUUUACGAUCCAGACGAGCUCCAGCUACAAAGAAACACGGAUGUUCAUUUUCAGCAGGAGUUGACCGGCUGCUGCUCGUACCGCAGCACCUUCAAACAGGUGUAUGCCAUGGUGGACCUGCUGCUGCACGCCAUCGUGGAGUGGGCACGCAUGUCCGCCUUGUUUAAGCAGCUUCAGAUCAGUGACCAGAUGAAGCUUCUGCAUCACUGCUGGAGUGAACUGUUGGCCCUGGACAUCAUCUCUGGACAAAUUCUGUAUGACAGACAGGCCAGUCUUCUCCUUAUUGGAGACCAUGAGGUUGAGCUGCCCUGCACAGACCACCCUCCUGGUCCGUCUUUGUUUGAUCUGUCUCAAAGAGGGCAGGCGCUUGUUGAAAAGCUUCACAUCCUAAAGGUGGACCAUCAAGAAUUGGCCUCCAUCAAGUAUCUGAUCCUUUUCAAUCCAGCUGCAAAGGAGCUUGAAGACCCCGGUUUCAUCGAGAAGGUGAAGCUGCAGGUUGGUGGAGCCCUGCUGGAGUACACGAGGACCGCCUGCCCCCAGCUUCCGAACCGUUUGGCUCACCUGCUAGAGUUCCUGUCAGAGUUACGUCCUCUCAGCUGUCUGGCUGAGGAGUACCUGUACUGCAGACACCUGAGGGGGGAGGUGCCCUGCAACAGCCUCCUGGAUGAAAUGCUGCACGCCAAACACAACUGCCCGUGAAGACCCAUCACUGCAGCUCACAACAGUUCAGUGCUUGAAAAUUUGUGUCUGAAGUUCAAAAACAGUUUAUGAAGCAAAAACAUUUCAAGACUGAAUAAAUUUGAUCUUUAAAGAGAACAUGUUUGGUGGGACUUCCAGUUUGUAUUUGACAUUUGGAAAUUCAAAUUGUAGGUAUGCACAGUGGUGUAGUGGUCAGCACUCGUCCCUCUCAGCGAGAAGACUCUGGUUCAAAUCCCGACUGGCUGGUGACCAAACCAGAGAGUAUCCUGCCUUCACCCAACAGUGGCUGGGAUAGGCUCCAGCAACACCAUGACCCCAACGUGGAUGAAGCAAAUAUAGAAGAUGGAUGGCGAUCCUAACUGUGCAUUCUCUCUGUCAAUUGGAUCGGGUGGAGCACCAGCAUGAACACAAAAAGCUUUACAUUUCAUGAUCUAAACCAGUGGUUCCCAAACUGAGGGGGCGUGGGUGUGGAGGUAUUGCAGGGGGGGCGCGGCAAGGCUACGGCUUGAAGCAAGCCCACACCAGUCACUGAAAAGAUGUGGACAUUAAAGGUGCAGUUUUUGCAGAGUUAAAUGUUCAGGAUUUUGUUAUUUUCUUCAGAGAGCUGGUAAAGUGUAAAAGGCCACUUUCAUGCAGAAAUGGAGUUUAUAAGAAGAUGUGUUGAAAGCCAUGAACACCAUUACAUGGUAAAAUUUUAUGAUACAUGAUGCAGUGUCACUUUUAAAAAUUGUGAAGGGGAUUUGUUUUGUUUUUUUAGUUUUUUUCAGGCAGAAGUUGCCAUUUUGUGUGACUUACAAUGUUAAGUAAAGUCCAGUGGAGUUUAGAAACAAAGGAUUUGUAUGUUUGUGUCAGUGUGGGGGGGUUCGAAAAUAUUCUAAUCUUCAGAAAGGGGGGCCCUGCAGAAAAAGUUUGGGAACCACUGAUCUAAACUAUAGAAUAUUCUUUCCUUUUCAGCCAAACAAAUCAUAUCUCCAUUGUAUCAUUCUUCAGCUUUCUAUCAGCUUUCUGUUUAUUUUUUAGGAUGACAGUGUAGAACCUGCAGUCACGAGUGUUUGUUAGAGGCAUCCAAUAAAGACCAGUGACUGUUUGUGCCAAACAUGAUUGUUUCCUGUGUUCUCCCUGACUUCUGGGCAUCCGACAAACAAGAACAUCUUGGAAAAAGUGUUGUUGAUCUUUGCCCUUUUCAGGAAGUCUGUCAUGAUACUGAACUGUUCACCUGCUAUGACCACAAACAUCGUUGGUAAACCAAUCACAAGAGUUUCAGAUGCGGUGAGCAUCAUGUCUCAGUCAGUCCAAUCAAACAGGCUUAACAUGGUCUGUUUAGGAACCACAAACCUAAAUGAAUGAAAAGAUAUG